CGAUCGACGCGCGGAUAAACACACACCAAGAUAAGGAAAACGAAGCCAAGAAAGCUACCGGUUUUCAUCAGCUCGAUCGUCUCGUGAUAUAUAGCUCAACCCACUUUUGCCACCUUUUGCGAUCGAUCGGGAGACUGAUCGAUCUCGAUUGGUUCGUCGUCUAGGCUGUGUCACGGGGAGCUUGCUUGGCGCCAUUGCUGCAACUUGGGGAGCUUUUGGGGUGGUGGUGGUAUAAGAGAGGAGGUGACGGCGUCGGAGAAGAUGGAGAACGGCGACCAGCAGCGGCAGGUGGUGGGGAAGAAGAAGGAGCGGAGGAACGGCGAGGUGGUGGUGGACGGGUCGGAGAUCCGGGAGCUGGUGGAGAACGAGGAGGCGUUCGGCAAGUUCGUGGAGCAGAAGUUCAGGUUGCUGGACGCCGACGGCGACGGGAGGCUGUCGGUGAGGGAACUCCAGCCGGCCGUCGCCGACAUCGGCGCCGCCAUCGGGUUGCCGGCGAGGGGGUCGUCGGCGCAGGCUGACCACAUCUACUCGGAGGUUCUUAACGAAUUCACGCAAGGAAAGAAAGAUUCAGUGACCAAGUCCGAGUUCCAGCGAGUCCUGUCUGACAUACUUCUUGGCAUGGCGGCCGGCCUGAAGAGGGACCCCAUCGUGAUCCUGAGGAUAAAUGGCGAAGAUCUGAAUGAAUUUGUUGAGAGCCCACGAUACGAACCGGAGAUGACCGCCAUAUUUUCGCAAGUAGAAUCAGGCAAUUCAACCUUGCGUCAGUGCUUGCUUGCUGCUCUUCGACAACUGACGGUCGAUCACGGCAUGCCACCAGCUUCAGAUUCAUGGGUUAUGGAGAAUGUGAUAGAACCUGCAUUGCAAGAACUCCACGCUGAUAACCUGGAGCAACCUGUGUCGCAAGAGGCCUUCUUCCAAGAAUUCAAAAAGUUUUUAGCAGUCAUCAUGCAGCAACUCCAGGGGCACCCUGUAAUCGUAGCACACACUGGGAACACCUUCGAUGGGAGUGGUAUCAAGAAGCUACUCUCAAACAAGUUCGAGUUAGACAAGCUGCUGGAUUGUGUUUGGAGAGGUGUACCAAAAGAAAAGGAUAGAACAACGAAGCAGUACAUUCGUGUUGCGUUUGACAGGAUGGCCGACUCCAUAAAUCUACCACCCUAUGGAGCUGUUGAACAGGUGGAUGCUGUUGUGGAUGAGGCUUUCAAGAUGGCGAAAGCUGACAAUGGGAAGGCGGUGGAUGAAACGGAGUUCAAGAAACUGCUCACUGAGAUCCUUGGUGCAGUGAUGCUGCAGCUAGACGGCAACCCUAUAUCAGUUUCAACCAACAGUGUCGUCCAUGAGCCCAUGUCCACUCCUUCCACCCUGCUUUCACCGUCGCCGCCGUCUCCAAUGGUGUCAUCACCAAGUGAAUAGAAGCAAGGUUGAUGCUGAUAGAACAACAGUUUCUCCGAUACAAUGCUGGUUUUCUUCUGAUCAAUUCUCAAGCUGCAGUAACUUGAUGGUUGCCAUGUAACUGGAGGAGAUGCAUUUAUGUUCCUGUUGGUGUUUGUAACACAGGCUUCUAGUGUGUUGUAUUGGAAUAAGGUUUUCAAUUCAGCCAGUGGUUGAACAAUCGGUAAUGUUCUAUUGACUUUAGUUUGGGUGCACGGUGCAGCAGCUAGAAUGUUAGAUGCUUGGAAAUAGCAUGUUGGGGCUAAUAAUUAUAUGCGAGAUAACAGAAUGUGUGAGGUUCAAUUGCUCAUGGGGAAUGCAAAAUAUACACUUCCUC